GCGGUGUGUUUGCCUUUGGUGCAAUGAUGCUGCAAUUGCAGAUUCCCCUUGUGAAGCUGGUAGGGUUGCUGCUCUGGCUGCAUGUCCUGCCCUGGACUGAGGGUGGUAAAGUGCUGGUGGUAUUCGUGGAUGGAAGCCCCUGGUUCACCCUGCUGGAUGUUGUGCGGGAGCUCCACGCCCGAGGUCACCAAGCUGUGGUCCUUGCACCAGAGGUGAAUCCGCUCAUCAAAGGAGAGGACUUCUUCACCCUGCAAACCUUACCUACUUCUUACUCCCGAGAGCAAUUUGAUCAUAAUUUCAAACGCCAUCUACACAUGUUCUUUGAGACCCAGAAUAUUCUGAAGAAUUUUUUGGACAAUGUUGAAACCAUGAGAUACGCUUUUGAAUUUUAUUAUGGCAUCUGCUCAGAGCUUCUGCACAACAAAUCUUUGAUCAGGCAGUUGAAUGAGAGUUCCUUUGAUGUGGUCCUAACGGAUCCUGCCUUACUGUGUGGAGCGCUGCUGGCUAAGUACCUGUCAGUUCCUGCAGUGUUCACUUUGCGUUUUAUUCCCUGUGACCUGGACUUUGAGGCCACGCAGUGUCCCCACCCUUUCUCAUAUAUUCCCAGACUCAUGACAAUGAACUCAGACCACAUGACCUUCCUGCAGAGGGUCAAGAACAUGCUCUUUCCUUUGCCACAGAGCUACAUUUGCCAUGUGUUGUAUGAUUCAUUCCAAACCCUUGCAUCUGAGCUUUUUCAGAGAGAGGUGUCCUUGAUGGACAUCUUCAGCCAUGCUUCUGUGUGGCUGUUCCGAGGAGACUUUGUGCUGGACUACCCCAGGCCCAUCAUGCCCAACAUGGUCUUCAUUGGGGGCAUCAACUGUGCCAAGAGGAAGCCACUCUCUCAGGUCUGUAUUGCUGCUUUUCUGCCAUCUGUGCUUCAGUUAGAAAAAAUUCCAUAGAGAAAGUUCUAACUUCUUCCCUUAUCUACUCAUCGUUCUAAAGAGUUCACCUUAUUCUUCUGAGAGUUAAAGGGAGAGGAUUUGUGAAGGUGUUCACAUGUGCU